AUGUCAGCAACAAAGUUCGAAGAGCAGCACAAUGGGGCAACGCACCAAGGAGUAGAAGCGCGCCCAGAUAUCAUAGAACCCGCUCAUGAACCACAGGCAUCUGAGAAUGACAUUGUUGACAAUAAUGUCGUUUACAAAGGAAACAAUCAUGACGGAGCAGCACUUCGGCAACCAGUUCCGGAUGAAAACCUGCAUAUACAGCGACCAGCAAUUUCUGUCCCACCUAUUGAAAGACUGCCAGUUAAGACAUCCACUGAAUUGAGACAUACUAUGGCAAGUCAAGAAUACUCUUCAACAGCAACAACAUACCCGAUAACCACAUCUAAAUUCGAAUAUGUGCCAGCCAAUGAAAAAGUCACUCCACUGAACCAACUUACAACGAAGACACCACAGCAGAUAGACUUCGGGUUUGGUAACACCUUCGCUCAUGUGUGCACCUAUUGUGGAAACAAAGUUGCUAUCAAGCCAAAUGAUAGUCCAUUACAAGUACAGAGGCCACAACAAUCGGCCUCUGUUCCCUCUCAGUUUGCACCAGCCCCCAGGCGGUGA